AUGAACAGUGAAGAAAACUCAAAUGAAGAUAGAAUCAGCAAUUUACCGGAUGACUUAAUUCAUGAAAUCCUAUCUUUCAUAGAUAUGAAAUAUGUUGUUAAGACUUGUGUUUUAUCUAAAAGAUGGAGAUAUAUCUGGACUUCUCUCCCAAAGCUACGCUUCGUCUUCUACGAAGAAACAGAUGAAGAUGAACCGGAUGAGGAAGAUAUUGAUUCGGACUUGGUUCAAAUGCGCUUUGUAAAUCUUGUGAACAAGGUACUCAGUCUUCAUGACAACUCUGAUAUUCAUACCUUUUAUCUUGACGGUAUCCGAAAUUGGGUGGUUACGCUUAGUGAUCUAUAUAGAUGGAUCGGCAUUGUUGUAUGCCAUAAUGUUCAGGAGUUAGCUAUUGAUAAAUGCAUUCUCAAAGAUUUUGAGAUUCCUGCUUGUCUAUAUACUUGUAAAUCGUUGACGAAGCUGGAGCUGAGAUUUGAGAAUGGUUUUGAUUUGGAAUGCAAGGUUAUUCUACCUAGUGCAGUGAGUUUACCUCGGCUUAAAUCAUUGGGUCUCAACUUUGGAGGAUUAUGGUUUGAUGAUGAAAUAUUAACAAAUAAGUUCUUCUCAAGUUUUCCUACCUUAGAGUCGCUGGUAAUAAGACACGCUGGACUUAAUCAUAUGAAUCUCAAUAUGUCUUUUCCUAACCUUACAUAUUUUGAGUUUUAUGAUCCAGUUGAUUACCAUAAUAAUGUUGAGGUCAAGCUGUGUGCUCCAAGUCUUACAUCCUUUAUUUUAAAAGGUCAAUUUUCGCUCUAG